AAUGAGAGUGAGGCAAUGAAAGCCUUUAGUUUUACAGAAUUUUUUGCACGUAGAUUAAAUGUUCUUUUUUACAGAGGAGCACCUGCAAGAGGUGCCCCACGUGGUGUCCCAGCCCCUCGAGGAGCCCCCGCAGGACGGGGUAGACCAGCACCCCCACCGCCACCUCGUACAGAAGCCUACGAUGACUACAGCACUCAGGCUUAUGAAGAUCCAUAUGCAGAUCCCUAUGCUAGAGACCCAUACGCAGAAACAAGCUAUGCUGCAGGAGAUACACAGUACUUUGACUAUGGACAUGGCUCAAGUGCACAAGGAUAUGAUGAUGGGUAUGCCAAAGAGAGUGGAUGGUCCGCAGGAGGCAGUUCCUUUAAAGCCCCACCAGCACCCCGAGGGGGGCGUGGACGUCCCCACCCCUAUGCCAGUACACGAGGAGGCUAUUAAGUGCACCCAUUGCCCACUGAUGCUAACUCUUUUAUCGCUCAUAUUUCACACAUCAUGUUUACAUAGGUACUUUGUUACCUUACAGAAUAGACUAAAUUAAUGUAGCCCUACUGAAUGAUCUGAAGGAAACUCAUAAGAUUCAAAUCCCUACUUUGAACAUCAAAUUUAAAAUCCCAUGAUUGUUUUCAGUUUUAAAUGGCUACAAAAGUUGUAUUCUCUUCGCAGUUCGUUGAUGUCAAAGAAGGCAAAUUAAAAUGUGUUGUAAACCUGUGGUACCUGUAUAAAAAAAAAACUUAAUUGUGUUCA